AUGUUGUGGCGUGGACUACAGGAUAUCGAGAAUUUCUGGGAGCCUGCUCGUUCUAUUCAGCAUGAUGUUCCAGUUUUGGUGGCUCGAUAUGCCACGGAACACCAUGUGGAGAAGUUGCAGUGGUGA